GUUCAGCUUAUACAUCACUCAUACAGCAACGUCUCAUUCAGCUGCUGCUCAGUUUGACAAUAAUGACCCAUCCAACGGAUUAUGUUUUACAUCCUCGGUCAGAAAGUGGCCAGAGCUUGCACACUCAGGAAAGCGGUGAUGCUGGCCUUUCCUCCAACAUGGCGCAUCAAUUCAGUGAUGGUUACAGUGUGCAACGUGCUUUGCCUGUAGUAGAUAAAGGUAGCUUUGUAAUCCCAAUCCCUAAUGCAGAAUCACUUGUCUUUAAGCACCCUAAAAUGGCAGGAAAUAUGAGUUUAUACUCAUCUGGGUUUUGCCAUGCUGCCUUCCCCGUUGCUCCCCCACUGGCACGCCCUGUGUCUGCUGAGAAAUUGUCCACUGUUGUUGUCAUCAACUCACAAGCCCCACUGAUAGCCCAAACCCACCCAAAAGAGGAAACUGCUAAGGUUUUACCCAGAACAGCCCUUACAGAGGAGCAGUCAGAGUUAGUAGGAGGAGAAAGCUGCAUCAUGGACACCCAAAAGAACACCGGGGCAAACCCACGAGAACCAAAAGGCCCACCACUGAUUCCUGGAAGGAAGAUAAAAGUUAAGCAUCGCAAGAAAAGAGCUGCUGGGAAGAACUGGAAAUUGUACCUUCAAUGUUGCAUGGUGCUCAUUGCUCUUGGGGGCUUUCCUGGUAUGUGCUGAAAAGUGUGAUUAUAUUUCAGUGUCACACAAUUAUGUGCAAUUUCUUCAUUUAUUUAGGUUAGCUAAAAAUUACCUUUUAUUGUGAACUCUGAACACAAUUUUGACCAAUAAUUGACAGUAUUUUUUUUAAACCAGCCGUAGGUGCUCAACCUCCAGCAG